GUUCUGAGCCGCCAGUGGCGAACGGGGAGGACGGGGGAUGCCCUGGAGGAGGGUGCAUCGGACGACCUUGAGGCAACCUCACCGAGUUCACGACCCUGCACUUUCGCAGAUGCCUUAUCUGCUCCGGUUGCCGCACUGGGCCCUUGGCAAGUGGUGCUGCAUGCCGCCCGCAGCUUGAGCGAGUGCGUAGUUGCGCGUCUCGCAAAGCUUGCAGAGAGCGGUGCGCCAGCUCUUUGGCUUGCGCGGCUGGCGCCGGAGGCUCCGCCUGACGCUGAGACGCCGGAGGAGCCGCCGAUGCUGCACGUCUCUUCGUCCUGCUGCGGCGCCGGCGUGGUGGGUGUCGGCGUCACGCUGAACGGUGACGAUGCCGGCUUGCUGGGCGAGGAUGGAAUGAAAGUGCUGCCCAGCAACUGCAAGCACUGCACCAUAGGC